AUGUCACUUUCACCCAAAUUAGAAGAAACUGUCAGCUCAAUUGAAAAGGCAUUUGAUAUCAAAGAUGAUUUUUUAGUCAAAGCAACUGAAUACUUCAUUGAAUCAAUGAAUGUUGGUUUGGAAUCACCAAAACCAUCAAAAGAUGUCAUGCCUAUGAUUCCAACAUAUGUCACCUCAAUUCCCACUGGGAAAGAAGUGGGGUUGUAUUUGGCAGCCGAUUUAGGUGGAACUAAUUUCAGAGUCUGUUCAAUUGACUUGAAAGGUGACCACACAUUUACCAUGAAGCAAAGCAAGUAUCGACUCCCAGUGGAUUUGAUGAAAGCAGAAAAGUCCGAUGAUUUAUUUUCCUUUUUGGCAAAGAAAGUCCAAUCUUUCUUAUUGGAACACCAUUCGGAAGCAUGUUCUGCGAAAAAUGCUGAGCCACUCAAGUUGGGGUUCACUUUCUCUUUCCCUGUUAACCAAACAGCAUUGGACCGUGGUACAUUAAUCAGAUGGACCAAAGGUUUUGACAUCCCUGAUGCGGUUGACCGUGACGUGGUUGAGUUGUUGCAAGCAAAUUUGACUGUCUUGGAGGUCAAUGUCAAAGUUGUCGCUAUUGCAAACGACACGGUUGGAACUUUGCUUACUGCUGCUUACUCCAAUGACCCAGAAAAGACAAACAGAAACACAAUCAUUGGGUGUAUUUUUGGUACAGGAACUAAUGGUGCCUAUUUCGAGUCAAAAAUUCCCAAGUUGGCCAGCUCCAAAGGUAUGGUCAUCAACACAGAAUGGGGAUCAUUCGACAAUGGCUUGAAGAUCUUGCCAUGUACUGAGUUUGAUAAAAUUGUCGAUUCUGAAACUGCUAACCCAGGCUAUCACUUGUUUGAAAAAAGAAUCAGUGGGAUGUUUUUAGGAGAAAUUUUGAGAGUUGUCUUGAUUAAUUUGUUUGAAAAGGGCUUGAUUUUCCAGGAGUUGUACAAGGCAAGAGGCGGGUCCUUGCCACACAGAAUUCAAGAGCCAUGGUUAUUGGAUGCUGAAGUGUUGUCUUAUCUCCAGAUUGAUGACUCCACCGAUUUGAGGAUGUCGGGUCUUAUUCUUCAAAACGUUCUCAGAUUGGAAACCAACAAAGAGGAACGUGUGGUUAUUCAACGUUUGACAAGAGCGAUUUCCAAGAGAGCAGCACAUUUGUCGGCUAUUCCAAUUGCUGCUAUAGCCAAAAAAGUGAAAGACCAAUAUAAAGACGACGAUAGAGACUUUGAGGUUGGUUGUGACGGUUCUGUGGUCGAAUUCUACCCUGGAUUCAGACAGGCUGUGUUAGAGUCGGUUGAAAAAAUCAAUCCUUUGAAGGGUACUAAUAAAAAGAUCUAUUUGAAGAUUGCCAAAGAUGGGUCAGGUGUCGGUGCAGCAUUGUGUGCCAGUACCGCAUAA